AAUCUCACCUACAGCUGGCAUACUCUUUUUAGGGUAGGCCUAUAUGAAGGUUGGAGGGGAAGCUGCAGCGAGAGGAAGUGGUUUUUUUUACUUCCAAAAGUGUUACGCUGAGCUGCUGCAGCCAGAGACAUAGGUGACCCACAGUGAACCGACUGCAGGAUUACAAUCAUCAUGGUAACACUGGACUUCAGGACACUGACGGUGCCGGUGGGUAUUGUGCGGAUACUGGAGAUGAUCUUAACCUGCAUUACCUUCAGCCUGGUGGCAUCAGUCGGCCGCGGUAUUGACUCCUUCUGGACGUGGUGCAUGUUCACAUGGUGCUUCUGCUUCUGCGUCACCUUCCUCAUACUCCUCCUGGAAUUCACCAGCCUCAGCUCUAAGUUGCCCAUCUCCUGGGAUGACUUCACUACCGCUUUUGCCAUGUUGGCUACCCUAAUGAUACUGGCAGCGUCCAUCAUCUAUCCCAUCUUCUUCGCUUGCUCUAACUGCGGCAAACAAAUUGGUGCUACUGUUACUUCCUGUCUGGCCUUCAUCCUGUACGCUGUUGAGGUUGGGCUAACCCGGGCUAAACCCGGUGAGCUUAGUGGAUUUCUGUCCACAGUCUCAGGCCUCCUCAAGGUUCUGGAGGCCUUUGUGGCCUGCAUCAUCUUCAUCUGCUUGGAGCCCACUCAGUACACUAGGUUUGCAGGGCUCCAGUGGUGUGUCGCUGUCUACUCCAUUUGCUUUAUUUUUGCCCUCGUUGUCAUAAUUUUUACCAUCUGCCGCCUUCUGUCUCUCUUCCCUGCACCAUUUGAUAAAAUCCUGAUAGCCUGCAACGUGUUAGCAGUGUUGAUGUACAUCACAGCUGUGGUCAUCUGGCCGUUGUACAGCUUCAAGAACAACCCAAGGCCGAGCUGGUGUGCGGCCGGGGGUCGGCUCGGGGCUGUUUGUCCAUGGAAUAAAUUAGUGGUUAUCUCUUUCAUGACAUGUUUUAACCUUGUUGCUUACAUUGUAGAUACGUUUUAUUCUUUUAGACUGGUGUUCUUCGUCAGCAGAACAUAGGUUGCAGAUAUGCCUCAUAUUUCAGCCGUUGCCAAUCUUUGAAGUCCGCUGUAACUCAAAGGCUGGACAUGAGCAGGAUAAUUGUAUGUACUAAAGCAUCCCCAGUACAACUUGUUAAAUAUGUUUUAUUUCAAUGUUGGUGGUGACCCAACACUCUUUCCAAACACUGUUUGUCCGAAUAAGGGUAACUUUUAUUUGUCAUGAUGACGCACAAAUUGGUUUUAACUUCAGGGAAAUGUAAUCUCUAAAAUAAUUUCUCCUCUUUCCUUUUUUCUUCCUCCAUGAUUUUAAUCUGAUCUUUAUUAAUUAUCUCAUAUUGUUACAGCAUUGAUGUGAUUGUGUUAGUCUCAGUUGCAAACUCAUUUAGUGCAUAUUCUUUUCAGCAUGUGAAAUAUAAAUAAACUGUGUUAAAAGGUC